AUGGGAAUCUUCAAGAGGACAAACAUACACGCGGACGACAUCACGCCUAGCUCCAUCUCACCAGAGCGCAUAGAGCACGGCUAUGGGAAAGAUGGUGAGGAGAUUGUACACGCAGAGACCGCCUCUGGCACCGAGCAGCAGCAGUCAAGAUGGAAGGUCUCCAAAGCCGGCGAUGGCGAUACAGCCAUGGCCCUCUUCAGCUCGCCGGCAGAGAUACGUGAGCCCAUCGACCCGCUCGAGGAGAAGAAGGUCGUCCGCAAGGUCGACAUGAUGAUCCUGCCGUACCUGGCCGUCUGCUACGCCUUCUUCUACAUCGACAAGACCACCCUUUCCUACGCAGCAAUUUUCGGCAUCCAAGACGACCUCAACCUGGUUGGGACGGAAUACAGCUGGCUCAGUAGUAUCUUCUACUUCGGCUUCUUGGCCUGGGCGCUUCCGACAAACCUCUUGAUGCAGCGGUUGCCCGUCGGCCGCUACCUGGGCUUCAACAUCUUCUGCUGGGGCGCGUUCUUGAUGAUGCAAGCAGCGGCCAAGAACUUCGCCGGCCUCGCUGCCCUUCGCGCCCUCGCGGGUGCGGCGGAGGCGUGUUCGGAUCCGAGUUUCAUGCUGAUCACCAGUAUGUGGUACACGCGCCGCCAACAGCCUGUCCGGAUGGGUCUCUGGUACACCGCCAACGGCUUCGGCAUCGCUCUGGGAGGGCUACUGGGCUUCGGUAUCGGCAACAUCAACGGCGGUCUUCCGUCAUGGAAGUUCGAGUUCAUCAUCAUCGGCGCCCUGUGCUGUAUCUGGGGGGUCGUCAUGUAUAUCUUCCUUCCCGACAGCCCCGUCACAGCCAAGGGCCUCUCGACAAGGGAGAAGCGGAUAGCCGUCGAGCGUCUCCGGGAGAACCAGACGGGCGUGGAGAACAAGCGCUUCAAGUGGUAUCAAGUCCGCGAGGCCUUCAGGGACAUCAAAUUGUACGUCUUCUUCUUUCUGGGAGUCGUGGGUAACAUACCGAAUGGCGGGAUCAGCAACUUCGGCACGAUCAUCAUCCAAGGCUUCGGCUUCUCCACGCUCGUUACCACACUGAUGCAGGUCCCAUACGGCUGCAUCAUCGCCGUCUCUAUUCUCGCGUGCGUCUUCCUCGACAACCACUUCUCUAAAAACGGACGACAGACUCGGUGCUGGUCCAUCCUACUAUUUCUAUGCCCCAAUAUCGCCGGCUCCGUUGGUCUCCUCUUCAUAGGUGCAGACAACCGGGCCGGAAGACUGGUAUCGUACUAUCUCACCGGACCGUACAACGCAGCGUUCGUGAUGAUUCUCUCCAUGACCACGGCCAACACGGCCGGGCACACCAAGAAAGUCGUCACGAACGCCGUGCUCUUCCUGGGCUACUGCACCGGCAACAUCGCAGGCCCUUUCUUCUACAAAACCGACCAAUCACCCCAGUAUCCGCUCGGGAUCUGGAGCAUGAUCGUGUCGCACCUGAUCGAAGUCUGCGUCAUCUUGUUGCUGCGGUUCAUACUUGCGAGGGAGAACAGGCGGAGAGACCGCAUCCAGAGCCAGAUGGAGGGCGGGCUGGAGGGAAGGGAUCUGGAUGCUACGGCUUUUAGCGAUAUGACUGAUCGUGAGAACCUCAACUUUAGGUACAUCUACUAG